GCUUGAGGACUCAUGCAGUCUGACCUGCCACACGUUGUUGUACAACAGGUUAGAAGAGUUGAAAUAUUGCCAUUGGUACAAAGUUCAAUAGAAGAUCUGCCAGUAUUUGACCGUAUCAUAUGAUUACAUUAAGUUGUACCGCACAGAUUGAAAUCAUUCGUACAUGUAAUUGUAAUUGGGAAGAGACCGACGUUCGUUACCGACCAAGAUGAGAAUUUUUGGUCUUCAGUUGGCCGUCUUCUGCUUGGUCAUCACAGCUUCGGUUGCUGACGAAAUUGAAAGUUUCUGGGAUGAGUAUGUCACACUUAUAGAAACUCUGGAUAAGUAUGGAUACGGAGAUCCGUCACCAAUUGACGAGCUCAACCGAAAUUCGUCGAAAAUACCUGUGGAUGCCAAAUUCCACUGUGAGCCGUCAGUGUCACCCGUUAAACCGACUUCAGUGAACAAAUUGCGUCCUGGUGAUUUCAACGUUGUUGCCGCCUUAGGAGACUCUCUUACAGCAGCCAAUGGCGCCGGUGCAAAAACGCUCAUUGGGGUUGCCAUAGAGUACAGAGGCCUGUCAGCACCGAUCGGGGGCGACCAGGACAUAUCCAGCGUCAUCACAGUUCCCAAUAUUCUAAAGGCGUAUAACAGGUAUAUAUACGGUUAUUCCACGGGUACAGGAGGCGUGGACAAUCCGAGGUCUCGGCUGAACGUGGCAAAGCCGGGAGCUAUUGCAGAAGACAUGCCGGGUCAGGCUAGGAAGCUGAUUGAGCGCAUGCGUAGUGAUGCAUUUGUCGAUAUAGAUCACGACUGGAAGCUGGUGACCCUGUUCAUUGGCGGGAACGACCUGUGUCGACAGUGCAAAAAUCCCGAACGUUUCUCGCCGGAGAACUACGUGGCCAAUGUGGAAGAGGCCAUACAGAUUUUGUCUGAGAUUCCCCGGAUGUUUGUCAAUGUCGUUGGCAUACUGGAGGCGUGGCGUGUAGCCGAGAUUAAAGGAUUUGUCUGUGAUGUUUUACACCAAGUUCUUUGCCCUUGUGGAAUGAGUGCAAGCGGACGAACGAUGAUGAAAAAAGCGACAGAACAGUAUCAGACUCUGUUGCAAGAUAGCAUAAACAGCGGUAAAUUCGACCGAGAUGAUUUUGCCGCCGUCUUCCAACCGUUUUUCCUGGACACACUUCUACCGCGACAUCCGGACGGCACCCCUGACCUUUCGUUCUUCGCUCCAGAUUGCUUCCACUUUAGCCAAAAGGCCCAUGGUGCCCAGGCUAUUGCUACCUGGAAUAACAUGAUCAAACCAGUAGGCUCCAAAGACAGAAGUUGGACGCCUGGAGAGAACGUUCGAUGUCCAUCAGAGGACUUUCCUUACUUUUACACGAAUAUGAACAGCAAGCCUUCUUGGAAAAACCCGGGAAAUGAAGAUCAGGACCAAGACCAGGACCAGUCCGACCAACAGCAGAAUCCAGACCAGAAUCAAGGCCAGCAGCCAAAUAAACCACCAGCGGGCGAUGAGGGCGGGCUUGCUGGGGGAGUUGUUGCCCUCAUUGUCGUAUCGGUUUUGGUUCUACUGGGAGGCGUGUCUUACCUUGUAUACAGGCAAAAGACCGGAUCUAAAAGAUUCUAUCAGCAGAUACAAGGGGAAGGUGCCCAAGCGGUUCACGAAUCAGUUUUUUAAAGAUGCACAAAAACACCAAAUGAAAUCCGGCCCUCUAAACGACAGGCUGAAUAUAUAACCACGGCAAGAGAUUUUUUUGUGCCAAUAAAGUACCAAGUAGGCCUAAGAGCGAUCUUUGGGACUGAUUCCUUGAGACAUGAAAUGAUUUACUUUGCUGCUGGGAUCCUUUAUCAUCAAAGUAAUGCAUUUAAGUGUGAAUUCAGAAUUCACACAGUGAAUAUAAGCCCGCCCCAAGGGGUUGGUUGAAUGCUGUAAAAUGAGCAAAGCCUACAGACAUGAAUAUGGUUGCAUAGAACUUAUGAUGUGUAAUCGUUGCCUGCUCAACAAGUUCAGUACUAGUUUCCACUCACCACGGGUCCAGGAAAUACUAAUCAGCGAUGAAUUUCGCACGGGACAUCGAUCAUGUUCUUUUUGUAUUGCCUGAUCUGUCGCACACGACUCGACAAAAAAGGCAAAGUAUAAUUUAGGAUGAGUAUUUCUCAGGAACUGACUGUGCUGCAUUAUUUACUGAAAACAAAUAAUUCCUUUUUUUUUGUCUGCUCGAAAAAGAUUUUUCUCCUCUCUCCAGAACUUUGUUUCGGAUCCGCGUUUAGUUAUUUCUAACGGUGAGCUUUGUCAACGGGUAGAGCGUUGGUAGAACUGACCUCAAUCGGUCCUGUUGAAUCGAAAGCGACCUUUUAUAUUUUGGCACCUGAGAAUAAAUGUGGAAACACUGAAAUAAGAAUUAAUUACAAAUUGAUGUCAUUUAUGUUAAUGAAGAAUUUAACAUCGAAGAAAAUUUAUAUCUCAGUAAUCUAAGCCAUAUAAUGAAACAAAUGAGAAAGAGGUGUGCAACCUAUAAUAGCUUCAUGGUAACACAAAUUGAAAUGACUUCCCUGUGCAUAAGGUCUAUUGAGCGUUUUGCUGUGCUGUUUCCCCAUGCAUGUUGGCCUAGAUGUUCAUAUAAGAUAAUAUGUAGUGUGAAUCGAUAACCAGAAUUAGAAGCCAAUACUGCGAUGGAGCAAAGCUCGUCGAUAGGUGGUACUUCGACCAGUAGGGUGUCUUGAUUUGCCAAAAGCACGCGCGCGUCAAGCUGAAGAAUGUUCGUGUGGAUGCAAUGCAUAGCGUCUAUACACCCGUUCUGGGGUUGCGUCGAACCAAAUAGGAUAAAGAGCGACUCCGGUCGACUCAAAUUUCGGUUAAGACGGACGAAUUUAAUACACACAUUUGCACUGGGUUCGGCCAUGAAAAGAGUAAAGUCUGAAGCCAAGUCGCUCUGGUGUAGUUCCGAGAGCCUUCAAGUGUCGAUCUUGCCCUGCUAGCAUUCCUGCGUGCAUAUAAAUACUCACAUUUUGUGAGCCCUCGUUUUGCAUAAAUUGUACUGUCAUUCUUUGAUACCAGAAAUGUUAUAAAUAUGUAUAUCUUGUAGCUUUAUCAUGUUUUUCCAAUUUUAAUUAAGAAAUAAAUACAAAAUAUACCGUAUAAUGCGCAAAAGAGGGUGAAUAAAGUAAAAUCGUUUA